GAGGCUUUCUUUUGGACUUGCGGCGACCCAUUGCACACAAACUGAGACACAAGUCUGUGUGAAAGAGACAAACAACCAUGCAGCCUUAUGAAGAAGAACAUGAGCGAUGGAUCAAUGCAACGAAAGAGAAAAUAUGAAAACGGUUCCACAAGACCCGGCACCGGCAACUGUUUCCUUUAAAUGAUUGGAGAAGAGCGUGCGGUUCGCGACCAACCAUUGGCUGCCUGACAUGUCAGUUACGCUGAUUGGCUGUGACGAAACAACCUCUGACACAGGCUAUUCCCGCGUGGUGGCGACAGAAGCUAACACAGUGAUGUGGACAGUGAAGGUGGUCGGCCUCGGGGUGGUGGCUGUGUCUCUGAGUCUGGAGCUGCUUGUUUGGCUCCUCCGUCGCCUCAGGCCUGGAAAAACCCUCAAUGAGGUCCUCUUCUUCCCCUCAGAAAUGGCCUGUGUGGAGCACCUCUUCACUCCCUCUUCACCUUUUUCCUGUUUCUGCUCAUUGCCUCAUGGUGUGGAGACCUCUUUCUCCUGUCUUCUCCGCCGCAUCCUGUCUGCUACCUCCUCUCUGGACUUGUGUGUUUUUGCCUUUUCGAACAUGGAUCUGUGCAGGGCUAUACUAGCACUGCAUAGCCGGGGAAUAACAAUCCGAGUCCUCACCGACAAGGACUAUUCCGCCAUCACUGGUUCCCAGAUAGGGGUCCUCCGGAAGGCCGGGAUCUGUGUCCGGUGUGAUGUGGGCUCUGUGUACAUGCAUCACAAGUUUGCAGUGGUGGACGAGCGGCUGCUCAUCACCGGCUCCCUCAACUGGACGCUGACAGCAGUGCAGAGCAACAUGGAAAACAUCCUUAUCACUGAGGAGCUAGAGCUGGUGCGACCCUUCAUCAAGGAAUUUAACAGGUUAUGGGUGCACAAUGAUCCAGCUUGAUGCCACCACUCAGUUGACCAAAAAUCUGCUUUUGUUGUCACUAGAACCAACGACUAAUUAGCCAGAACAGAUUUUGAGUCAGACCUCAUGAACCUUUGAAGUAGAAUAUAUAAAAGUCUGUACAGUUAGCUUGGCCAGAAAGUGCCUCCAGGAUUGAUCUUUUCUUGUUAUGGAGAGGCUCUGUUACAUUAAGUUUUGGAAGACUCGUUAAUGUUAAAGUGAAGAUGUUACCGUACAAGACAAUAGGAGUUUUAGGGCAUGUUUUUUCAAUAUUUAUAAGAAAACAGGUCUGAUUUUGGAAGAGACUGACUUAUCAGACCGAAUCUGGUUUAUGUGUUUAAUUUCUGUAUUUCUUUUAUUUCACUGUGUACAGAAAUGGCUGUUGCCAUUGUUGCUGUAGUAGUCGUACUGCUUGGCACAGACUUAAGAUGAGGAUCAUAUCCACAACAUAGAG